AUGGAGGAAUUAGUGGGGCUUCGUGAGGGCUCCUCUGGGAAGCUAGUGACUCUGCAAGAACUGUGGACUCCGUGUCCUCGAAUCCGCAGAAGCAUCCAGGGGGCCCUGGAGUGGCUGAAAGAGCGGCUGUUCCGCGUGGGUGAGGACUGGUAUUUCCUGAUGGCCCUCGGGGUGCUCAUGGCUUUGAUCAGCUAUGCCAUGAACUUCGCUAUCGGGAGUGUGGUCAGAGCACACAAGUGGCUGUACAGAGAGAUUGGGGACAGCCACCUGCUCCGAUAUCUCUCCUGGACUGUGUACCCUGUGGCCCUCCUGUCCUUCUCCUCUGGCUUCUCACAGAGCAUCACGCCGUCCUCUGGAGGGUCGGGGAUCCCAGAGGUGAAAACCAUCUUGUCUGGUGUGAUCUUGGAGGAUUACCUAGACAUCAAGAACUUUGGGGCCAAGGUGACGGGCCUCUCCUGCACCUUGGCAACAGGCAGCACCUCCUUCCUGGGAAAACUGGGCCCCUUUGUGCAUCUGAGCGUGAUUACUGCUGCUUAUCUGGGCCGUGUGCGCACCAAAAUCAUCGGGGAAUCUGAGAACAAGACCAAGGAAAUGGAGAUGCUGGCCUCGGGAGCCGCGGUGGGUGUGGCCACAGUCUUCGCAGCCCCCUUCAGUGGGGUCCUGUUCAGCAUCGAGGUCAUGUCCUCACAUUUCUCUGUCUGGAAUUACUGGAGGGGCUUCUUCGCUGCCACCUGUGGGGCCUUCAUGUUCCGCCUCCUGGCGGUCUUCAACAGUGAGCAGGAGACCAUCACCUCCAUCUACAAGACCAACUUUCGGGUGGACAUACCUUUUGAUUUACCAGAGAUCUUCUUUUUUGUGGCCCUGGGGGCCAUCUGUGGAAUUCUGAGCUGUGGGUACAUCUUCUGCCAGCGAAUGGUCUUAAUCUUCCUCAAGGCCAAUGGGUUCAUGUCCAAACUGCUAGCCACCAGCAAGCCCUUGUACUCAGCUCUGGCCGCCCUGAUCCUGGCCUCCGUCACCUAUCCACCUGGCCUGGGCCGCUUCAUGGCUUCCCGGCUGUCCAUGGAAGAGCACUUGAAGACACUGUUUGACAACAACUCAUGGGCUUUGAUGACCAAGAACUCGUCCCCACCCUGGCCAGCGGAGCCAGAUCCCCAGAACCUAUGGCUGGAAUGGUGCCACCCACAGUUUACUGUCUUUGGGACACUAGUCUUCUUCCUGGUCAUGAAGUUCUGGAUGCUGAUCCUGGCCACUACCAUCCCCAUCCCCGCUGGGUACUUCAUGCCCAUAUUUAUCUAUGGAGCUGUCAUCGGGCGCCUCUUGGGAGAGGGUUUGUCUGUCACCUUCCCGGAGGGCAUCGUGGCUGGAGGUGAGGUUAAUCCCAUCACGCCUGGGGCCUAUGCUCUGGCAGGUGCUGCUGCCUUCUCCGGGGCGGUGACCCACACCAUCUCCACGGCACUGCUGGCCUUUGAGCUGACCGGACAGAUUGUUCAUGCACUGCCUGUGCUGAUGGCGGUGCUGGUGGCCAAUGCCAUCACUCAAAGCUGCCAGCCUUCCUUCUACGAUGGCACCAUCAUCGUCAAGAAACUGCCAUACCUGCCAUGGAUUCGUGGCCGCAAAAUUGGCUCCACAGACGUGAACCAGUACCCCCUGGUGGAGACUACACAGUCUCAGACCUUAGUGGGGGUUGUAAAAAGGGCCCACUUGGUGCAAGCGCUUCAGACUGAGCCAUCGUCCUGGGCUCCAGGCAAACAGCCCUGUCUCCAGGAUAUCUUGGCUAAUGGCUGCCCCACCCAACCAGUGACACUGCAGUUAUCCCCAGAGGCCACCCUGCAUGAGACACACAACCUCUUUGAGCUGUUGAACCUUCAGUUGCUGUUCGUGACGUCAUGGGGCAGAGCUGUGGGCUCUGUGACCUGGGUGGAGUUGAAGAAAGCAAUUUCAACCCUGACCAAUCCGCCUACCCACAAGUGA